GCUUGAAUGCGCCUUGGCCUACCACGUUGGAGGAGAAUAUGCAUCCAAAAUAGUUUGUUUUUUGUGUCAACUAGCUGUACAAAUUGUCUGUGAAUAUGCUGAAUUGUUCCGUUCGUAUCGUCAACCUGGUGCUGCAGUUCCUCACGGCGGUGUCGGAGGUGGUGGCCCUGGUCUACCUGGUGAUGGUGCUGUACGCGCACUGUGUGCUGGCCGGCGAGUUCCGCAGCUCCGUGCUGAUGUACGUCUACUUUCUGCCGGGCAUCACCGCGGAGAGCGUGAUCUUCGUGCUGUGUCGUGUGUGCUGCUUCACCGUUGGACUCGAUCCGAUUGCGAUCGUCUUCAAUCUGGCCAGCGGCGUCCUGUGCACUUUCACCAGCCUAGUCCUGCUCCUGUCCAUGCUCGAUCACUGCGGCAACGAGUACCAGUACAAGUUCUUUAUAGCCGGUGGAUUCGGCCUUCUGGCCGGAAUUCUGCACUUGCUGAAUGGCGUCAUCUGCAACACAUACCUGCCCGCCGAGGAAUGGAUCUACUCGAAACCCUCGAAACGAGUCCGAAAAAGGCUUCAUGCAGACUGGUUGCGUUCCUUAAAGAAUUGAGGAUCAGAAGCCAUGUUUCCCAUGGCCAAGUCCUUAAAUGCAGCUGGAAAUUUGUGUAGAAAUUAGUUUUAGGAUUUAAAAGUUAGAGAAUGUGGUUUUCGUGCAAAGAUUUGGAAUAAGUUUGCAUGAGAUGGCGCUAGGGAGGUACAGUCAUCGCAAAAGGUGCAAUAUUUCUUCAUUGGGGUGAUCAAAGUCCCAAUAAUAAUUCCAUUUAAGUAU